AUGCCACUCCCCAAGCUUGCGGAAGCGCAGCGCAACAACCAGGGAGAGCAACUCAGCAGUGUGAAGCGAGACGGAAGACGGCCAGAGAUUUGGAAAGCAACGGAGGCCAGGGAACAGCGGUUAAGGAGGACCACCGGAAACCAGGAAACAGCGGCACCCAGUGCAAAAGCCACCAGGGACGUGGCAGGUGCGGAUGCUGAUCCCAAGGAGGGCACCGGAAGUCAGGGAACUCAAGCUCUGCAAGCCAUGCUAAAGAAGACCGCCGGAAGCCAGGAUGCAGCAGCGCCAGGUGAGAGGAGGACCACCGGAAACCAGGAAACAGCGGCACCCAGUGCAAAAGCCACCAGGGACGUGGCAGGUGCGGAUGCUGAUCCCAAGGAGGGCACCGGAAGUCAGGGAACUCAAGCUCUGCAAGCCAUGCUAAAGAAGACCACCGGAAGCCAGGAUGCAGCAGCGCCAGGUGAGAGGAGGACCACCGGAAACCAGGAAACAGCGGCACCCAGUGCAAAAGCCACCAGGGACGUGGCAGGAGCGAACGCGGAGCAACAAGAAGGGACGAAGGACGAAGAAGGGGCAAAGCGACACACCACGCAGGUUGAGAAGAUGAAGGCCGCAGGCCUCGUCGGACGAAUCGUCAAGCAUCCCGGUUUCGACUUGUUCUUUGCCGCCGUGGUGAUCACGAACGCAAUCUUCAUCGGUGUGGACGUCCAGCAGGCCACUUCGGCAUAUGGUCAGGAGGCAACUGCGGCAUACAGCAGACCUGCGAUCUACAUGAUUGUGGGGUAUUUUUACACCGCUCUCUACAUCGCCGAGCUUGUGCUGCGACUCUCUGCUUAUGGGCUCCGCCUGUUCUGCUCCGAAGAUUGGAUGUGGGUGCUGUUAGACUGCUUCAUCGUGACCACCUCCAUAUGGGACGUGUUUGUUGAUGUCCUGACGGCCAUCUUGCCGCCAGAUCAGAACGGCUUCGAAAGCGUUUCGGGGCUCUCUACGCUGAAGGCUUUCCGUGUUAUACGCGUGACACGCGUGCUCAAGAUUGCUCAGCUGUUGAGAAUCUUCCGCUUCGUCAUGGCCCUUCGGACUCUGGUGCAAUCAAUAUUUCACACUCUGAAAGCAUUGGUAUGGGCUUUGCUCCUGCUGGCGCUGAUUGUGUACGUGUUUGCUGUGAUCUUCACCCAAGCUGUCAGUGACUAUCGGCUAGAAAUGGACGCAGACGGACGUACGCUGCCACUCCUGGUUUCGAACGAGGGGCUGCUGUACUUUGGAAGCCUUGAUGGCAGUAUGCUCAGCCUCUUCAUGAGCAUUGCCGGCGGUCUCAGUUGGGAAGCCGCUUUCCGACCUCUGUCGAGUGUCUCCUGGUACUGGGGCUGGGCCUUCAUCUUCUACGUGUCCUUUACAUACUUUGCAGUCUUGAAUGUCGUAACGGCGGUUUUCUGUCAGUCAGCAAUCGAGUCCGCACAGAAAGACCACGCCACCGUUGUCCAGAACAUGCUCGACAACAAGGAAUCUCACCUGCAGAAGCUCCGCACGCUCUUCAGUAAGCUGGGGGCCGAAGAAGCUGGCGGCAUCACCUUUGGGAUGUUCGAGCAGAAAAUUAAUUCCGGCCCCGUGCGCGAGUACUUUGAGACACUUGGGCUGGACGUUUGGGACCCCUGGUCGUUCUUCAAGCUUCUGGACUCGGAUGGUGGUGGUUUUGUUGAGAUCGAGGAAUUCUUCUUGGGCUGCCUGAGAUUCAGUGGAGCUGCCAAAGCCAUGGAUGUGGGCAAGCUGAUUCAAGACCAGACUUGGCUCAUCCGCAGCCAGGGACGCUUCCAGAGGUACAUGGAAGAUGAGCUCGUGAAUUUUAGAGAUGACCUGGCAACUUUGAGGGAUUUCAUCAGCUCCGUCUCCAGGGGCGUCUCUUGUGCUCAGCUCUAA